AUGGCUUUGCUAGGUGUUUUUCUUUCGCCGUGGAUAGCCGUGGUCAUCCCAGUCUGGUUGUCACUUUACUAUGUAGUCCCGUACUUGGUGACAUAUCGACAAUUGAACCGAAUCCCGGGACCAUGGAGUGCCAAGUUCAGCAACGCAUGGGUUGGACUGGGUGCCCGUCGGGGUCAGAAAUAUGCUGUUGUCGACUCAGCGCAUCGCAAAUACGGCAAAGUCGUUCGCAUCGGCUUCAACCAUGUAUCUAUUGCCGAUGAGCGAGCUUUGAACGUUGUAUAUGGACAUGGAAAUGGCUUUCUGAAAGAUCAUUACUACGAAGCAUUCGUGGCUCGUACGCCAGGCAUGUUUAAUGUGCGCGACCGCGCAGAGCAUACACGCAAGCGAAAGAUCAUAUCCCAUGCUUUCUCUCCCAAGUCAGUCGCUGCAUUUGAGCCGUUCAUGGUAGAAAAUCUACAGCGAUGGAUCGCACAGCUGGACCGCAUCUCGGCUUCUGAGCCCCAGCUGAAUGGGAAACACUUUGUUCGUUUAAAUGCGAUGCCUUGGUUUAGCUAUCUCGCCUUCGAUAUUAUCGGGGAUCUGGCGUUUGGAUCUCCAUUUGGUAUGGUCGACAAGGGCAAGGAUGAGACCGAAACGCAACUUGUGCCAGGAGGUCCUGUAUCCUAUGCCCCAGCAGUCGAUGUUCUGAAUCGCCGAGGCGAAGUUUCUUCGACACUAGGUCUUUUACCGUCACUCCGCCCAUGGGCUAGGUAUCUUCCAGAUCCAUUCUUCACCAAAGGCAUAGCAGCCGUAGAGAACCUGACAGGCAUCGCCGUUGCCGCGGUCGCGUCAAGACUUGGCGCGUCGGAGAAAGGAUUGGCCGAUGGCCGCAACGAUAUCUUGGCGCGUUUGCUGCAAGCAAGGGACGCCGAUGGUCAGCCAAUGGGGCGAGAUGAACUCAUAGCAGAAGCACUUACCCAACUCAUUGCUGGCUCCGAUACAAUAUCAAACACGGCAUGUGGCAUUUUCUACUGGAUCCUACACGGGGAACGCAGCGCCCCAGGAACCAUUAUCCCCCGGUUACAAGAAGAGCUGGACCGAGCGAUUGAUCCAAAUUCGGAGACUGCCUCAUAUUCUGAGGUCAGAGAUCUCCCGUUCUUACGACGAUGCAUUGACGAAGCCAUGAGACUUCAUUCCACAUCAGCUCUUGGUCUACCCCGUUUGGUCGCCGACAACGGUGCAGGCGUUGAGUUUGACGGUUUCUAUUUCCAGCCUGGUACAGUGCUCUCGGUGCCAUCCUAUACAAUUCAUCACAUGCAAGAAAUUUGGGGUCCUGAUGUUGAAGAGAUGAAGCCAGAUCGCUGGCUGAAUUUAUCAGCUCGGCAGAAGGCCGCUUUCAAUCCAUUCUCCUACGGACCCCGAGCGUGUGUUGGACAGAAUGUUGCGAUCAUGGAGCUGCAGUUGAUACUUGGAACUUUGUUUCACCGGUACGAGUUUGUUCUGCACCAAUCGACCUUGAGAUCGCAUGAAGGGUUUUCGAAAAAGCCAGUGGAGUGUCAUGCGGGAAUCCGACUGAGGGAUCGGUGCUAG